GAUGUCUUGGGAAGGAACUGCCUGUCUUUCUGUUGAUGAGCUCAGGAGACAUUAUGAAACUAUGCACAGCACUCUGCUCAACCCCUGUGAAUAUGGAUUCAUGACCUUGACUGAACUUCCGAAGAGUCUGCCUUACUUAGUUGAGGUUUUUACUAAUGAUCAGACAGAAGAAUGUGUGAAGCUCACAAGUUUGUAUCUGUUUGCCAAGAAUGUGCGGUCUUUACUUCACACUUACCACUACCAGCAGCUCUUCCUUUGUGAGUUUUCCGUGGCCUAUACCAAGUACAUCAGAGAAACACUGCAGCCCAAGGUUUACGGCUACAGCAGCAUGGAGGAGCUCUUGGGAGCAAUCCCACAGGUGGUCUGGAUAAAAGGACAUGGCCAUAAGAGAAUUGUAGUGUUAAAAAAUGACAUGAAAAGUCACCUGAGCUCACUCGAUCUUUCCCCUGCCAAUCAUGAACACCGGCCCUCAGCUUCUGAGCAUAUCCUGGCGGUGCCUGAAUCUCUCAUAGCCACAGAUCUUGAACUUGGAGCAGAUAGCGAUGGGCCACGUCAACCAGAGCAAGAGCUUCUCCGUCUGACCAAUGACUCCCCUGUGGACCUCCUGUGUGCACCUGUCCCUUCGUGCCUGCCGUCCCCUCAGCUGAGACCAGAUCCUGUCAUCUUCCAGUCUGCCAAUCUCAUUCAGUUUGAGGAACACCCACAAGAGCCUCUGGGCAGCGGGAGUGCAGUGUGGAACAGCACAUCGCUCUCAAGCAACAUGGCUCUGUAUGUGCAGCAGGCUAGUUCCCUGCAGCUCACAGAGAAAGAGCAGUCUCCGCACACUGUAGGAAAAUGGCUCUGUCGCACUUCCUGGGUGUUUGAGGAAAUGAUUUUAAACCAAGAAGGACAAAUUGAACCUCCAGUGCCAGUAAAGAAGGAAGACCCAGCCUUGGACUCCCGCUCAUCGUGCUUCUCAGCAGCUGUCCUGGCGCCUCCCUGCCCCUUGGAAACACCAGAGUCACCACUCAGCAAGGACCCCAGUGAAAGCCCAGCCAAAAAGCAUCCCCAAAAUAGAGUAAAAUUGGCAGCCAACUUUUCCUUUGCACCUAUAACCAAGCUUUGA